AUGGCCUGGCAUCAGAGCCGGUAUGUAGCCCUGCCCGGUAGCCCUGCCACACCGAGGCGGCUCGCAGCACCGACAGCAGCUCGCCGCUCCGCCCGCUCCCGGGGAAAAAAACACAUGAAGAUGGCUGAUGUAAGUGAUGUGCACUUCUCAGCCGGAGCCACGAUGUUGACGAGGCUUUUCAGUGACCCCUCACUGCUUCCCGACGUGCAGAAAUAUUCGGGCUGGGCGGACGACAGCGAGAGCGAGGACUCGAAGAUUAAAGAUGACGAUCAGGACCACUGCCGGCUGGCGGACGACGACAUGGACGACCCCGAGCUGAGAGGCAGCCGGACGCACUCCGACAACGCCGGCGAAGACGACGACAUGGACGACGAAGUGGAGGAGGAGGAGGAGGAAGAGGAGGAGGAGGGUGGAGAUGACGACACGGGAGGGGACAGGCCCAAAAAACGGGGCCCCAAGAAGCGUAAAAUGACCAAGGCCCGUAUCGAACGGUCCAAGGUGCGCCGCCAGAAGGCGAACGCCAGGGAAAGGACGCGCAUGCACGACCUGAACUCGGCGCUUGACAAUCUCCGCAAAGUGGUGCCCUGUUACUCCAAAACGCAGAAACUGUCCAAAAUCGAGACUCUUCGCUUGGCCAAAAAUUACAUCUGGGCCCUGUCCGAGAUACUGCGCUCCGGGAAGCGGCCCGACCUUGUGUCCUACGUACAGACGCUGUGUAAGGGACUCUCCCAGCCGACAACCAACCUGGUGGCGGGCUGCCUGCAGCUCAACUCCCGCAACUUCUUAACCGAGCAGUGUCCGGACGGGGGCAGAUACGCCUCCGGCUCCUUUCCCAUGCACUCCUACCCGUACCAGUGCGCACGCCUCUCCAGCCCCCACUGCCAGUCGGGGUCGAACUCGCAUCCGCUGAGGACGCACGGCUACUGCUCAGCCUACGACUCUCUGUACGGGGGCAGCGGCUCUCCAGAGUACAACAGUCCGGAGUACGAGGGGCCGCUCAGCCCGCCGAUGUGCGUCAACGGCAACUUUUCCCUGAAGCACCAGGGCUCCGCGUCCCCCGACCACGAGAAAGGAUACCACUACUCUAUGCAUUACUCCGGCCUGCCGGGCUCCCGACAGACUGCGGCCCACAACCUGGUGUUCGGCUCCUCCGGGGUGCGGAGCGGGAUUCACUCGGAGAACGUGCUGCCUUACCACGACAUGCACUUGCACCACGAGCGGGCUCCCGUGUACGAUGAACUCAAUGCGUUUUUUCACAACUGA